AUGACACCAGAGAAAGUCAUCUACAUUACUUGGCUUAGCGUAGCUUUGUGUUUUUCUUGGCCACUCCCUGUCGGCAGCAGCAGGAAUAAAGUCUUUGGUUUCAAAAUUCUACAGAUAGCUACCGUUAUUAGUGCCAUUAUGAUGCUUCUACCUUUGAUGUAUUCGAUUUAUUUACAUUUGGACGAUAUGGUCAUUGUUUCUAAAUCUUUCUCCGCGGUAACGAGUGUGAGUCAAAUUGCUGUUCACACUUUCAUAUGUUUCAUCAAGCACGACUCUUUUCAACAUGUAAUCGGAGAAAUGGUGACCUAUGUCAAAGAGGCGCAAGAAUACGAAAGAGAAAUUUUCUGCAAGUAUAUUGCAAAAUGUAGCAUCCUUUACGGAAGUUGCAUGUUAUUCGCAUACGUGACUGUGACUAUCUUUUUGCUAGGACCAGUAAUCUUGUCAACUUCUUUUCCAUUAGAUGCAGAAUAUCCAUUUAACGUUAAUUAUACGUCUGUAAAUGCUAUAAUAUAUUUGCAUCAAUCUUUUAUUUGCUGUCAAUGCGCUGCAAAUAUAUGUCUAUGCAUAUCUGGUGCGCUUUUACUUUGGUUUACGGCUGCAAGAUUCGAAUGUUUGGCCGUGGAAUUCAAAAGAAGUUCAAAUAUUGAUAUGGUGAUCGCUUGCGUAAAGAAACAAUUACUUUUAAGGAGAUAUGCAAACGAAGUGAUCAAUUCUUUUCGUUUCCUAAUACUUUAUACUGCAAUAGUAACAACAUUUACUAUAACUUUGUCUUGUAUUAUAGUAUUCAUGAAUCCACCAUUAAUUGUGAAAAUGCAGUUCAUGGCCGCAUGUAUCACUGUACUCACGGAAGUUUACAUGUACGCGUGGCCAGCCGAUCACAUGAAGGAUAUGAGCGCAAACGUAUCACAGAGUGUGUACGACAUAACUUGGUAUGAACAGACUUUAGAAAUGCAAAAGGAUCUACUAAACGUAUUGGUAUAUCAAAAACCAGUGAUUAUUUCCAUCACUUAUCUAGUGCCAGAACUUUCUUUGCGUUAUUAUUGUUCGUACCUGUCCAAUGCUUUCUCCAUCUUCACCUCUUUGCGCAUCUUAUUAUCAGUAAAUAAUUCAGCACAAUAA